CCAAGGCCAAGACGCUGCAGGCACAGCUCUCCAGCUGCAGGAGCAGGUGUGAUGACCAGACAGUCGAGAAGCUCAUGACUUACUUUGGCCACUUUGGUGGUAUUGACCAUACCUGUGCCCUGGGAGAGCUGGAGGCCCGCAUCGCCAUGCUGGUGGAGCAGCUGGGGACCCUGGGCUGUGGCGGGAAGACCCUGGAGACACCCAGGGAGGAGGCAGAGCUUCAGCGGAAGGAGGAAGAGAACCAGCACCUGAGGCUGGAGCUGCAGAUGGUAGAGACCGAGAGGGUGCGGCUGUCUCUGCUGGAGGAGAAGCUGGUGGAUGUGCUGCAGCUCCUGCAGAGGCUCCGGGACCUGAAAAUAUCGAAAAGAGCCCUGGGGAAGCUUUUGCUGAACACGCUGGAUGCUUGCAGGGACCCUGCACACGCGGGGAGGCCUGGCCCCUCGGCCAUCCUGGAUGCCCUGCACCAAGCCUUGGCUGGCUGCGAGCUCUUGCGGAGACAGCCCUCAGACCCGGCCACUGCUGCCCCUGCGCUCCCCAACCCCCUCCUCAUCUCCUGCUGAGGCUGCUGGCCCGGCCUGUGAGCACCCUGGUCAGCCUGACCACCACUGAACCUGCCUCUGUGACUGACUCAGCCACUGUCAGCCGCCUUUCACAGCCAGCCUGACCAUCGUCACAUCAUCA